UGCACAUUUGUAAUAUUUGUAAUUUGAUGUGCAAUGUAUCUUUAUUACAACAAUAUGCGUUAUUUUUUUAUCUCGUAGAGAACAAAUGCUGCGUGCACGAACAUAAUGGUGAAUUUAACGCUCGUAUAUAAUUCAGAGAGUGGACAAAAACGUUCCGGAUAUUUUCUAAAGGCUCGCGAUACAAUAGCUCGUGAUUGCAUCCUGUAUGCUACGGCGAACGGAAUGGUGAAAAAGUUGAAAGCGUUUAGUGUAAAACGAGACGUCGCUGGAACUCGAUAAUAAGUUAAUUUACGAGGGAAACGCCCGUAAUAUUGCCCGUAUUUGCCGUAAUUAACGUAAUGCGUAAAUAUGGAUCUGCGUAGCAUCGGUGCUCUCGUCUUCAUCUGGUUGUGUCUCGUUCGCGAAAUUAUCCCCAAAAAUAGAAGCACCAACGUAUCAAGAGGCUCCCUGAUUUAUAGAACGGUCUCGGUUGCACGACAGUCAUGCAACUGCUCGGUGUCUUACUCGUGUUCUUGCUGCCAAAGCGUAAUGAUCUUGUAUACGAGAAAGGAGAAAGAUCUGUGCGUUAAUUUCACAUAUCAGAGGAAUGGACUGAAUGUGGAUGUCGCGUUGAGUUCGGAGAUAAUCAGCACCAGAACAAUCACGAAUUUCAAGGCGUUCCACUUCUGCGUGUUCGUUCCCGGUUGCCUUUUCUCGACCGCGUGUGUCAACAUCUUGGAGCUCAAUCAAUUUCCUAGAUCGAUUACGGCUUGCCUUCGCCUCGACAUUUACGCCAAGAAACAACUUUGGCAGAUUAAUUACGAUUGCAUAAGCGUAUCAAUGGAUUUGCCAGUGUCGACUAACGAGACGAUGAGAAUGACGGACACGACGAUCGAAGAAACAUCCGCGGCAGGAAGUUCAUCAUCGAUGACCGAGUCAGUGACAGAGAUAGCAUCGAGCGAGACGGCGAUUAUGCAAACGUCGGAAAUGAGUGGCGCGGAAAUAAACGGAAGGCCAGAAGAAGUGGAAGAUUUCACCGAGAUAUUCGAAACAACUUCCGAAAAAGUAACGCCGAUUAAGUGAUUAUAAUUUCGAUUAUAUAGAUAUAACGGAAUUAAAAAUAUCUAUCGAAAAAGAUAAAUAAAUUUGAGAUUUCGUGGAACGACAGAUAGCGAGAUAAGAGCAACAUAGUGAACUAGAUGAGUAACGUGCUUGACCGAAUUACUAACAACGGCGAUAGAUUCCUUCAGCAAUAUUUUAUUUUAUAUUAUUAUUUUUUAAUUUGUCAUAUUUAAUUUUAUUUUUUCAUCUAAAUAUCAUGUUUUCAUAGUGUUAAUGUAAUAGAUAUUAAUAAGUAAUACAAAAGAAUAAAUUUUAUCGUUAGCAUUAUUAAAUUAUUAUCGAAUGAAAUGAU